AUGUUUUCUUCGUCUGGUCUUUUUGCUGACAUAAAUUGUCCUUUUGCUCAACGAGAACUUUGUGAGCGGCCUUACUGUUUAUACAGACAUGCCACAGAAUCGUUGGAUACGUUCGGUGAUUUAUAUAAACCAUCGGUUGUGGACUUAACAGGGGAUCAGUAUGACGACCAAUACGAUGCCUGUGGAGGACCAGUGAUUGACGAGACAACAGACGACUGCCUCCAUGAGAUAGAGCGGAUCAACAAAGAGAUUGAAACUGUACGACACGAGGUAGAGCAGGAGCAAAGGCGGCUGUCUUGCUACCGGACCGUACAGGCAGACAGCGGGAACAGAGCAGCUGCGUCAAAUAAGGGGACCGGUGAUUCCCUUGGAAUAUCCUCUUACAAAGAACACAAACCCCAAAAGGAAACAAGGAAGUAUGUGGUAGACAACUCAAAGCCAAGGACUGAUUUAGAGUACGACCCCAUGUCCAACUUUUCUGCUGCUUUGCGCUCUUACAAAUCGUCGAGCAAGGAGCAGAAAGGGAAAAACCCAGACGAAAAACCUGUGCAUGUUCAUAAAAAGGAGCCAGACGCCUAUCUUGCCCCGAUUUCCCGGUCACCAUCUCCAGUGCUACUUGAUGACUCCACUGAAGAUGGCGACCUGAUUAUUGUUGCUGCAUCUCCUAAAAAAACAAGCACUCAGUCACAAAAACGUCUUGAUUCAGCGACAAGGAAAUCCCCACAGGAAACAGCAGGGGGGGUCAAAAUGCACCGGUCUAAAAACACUGUUAUGCUCAAUGUGACUUCUUCAUCUGAUCUGAAGGAUGAUGCAGAUGCUGUUUAUGAGUAUGUUAGAGUUGAAGGUGAUCAAUAUCUAGCCACUUGUGGUAAUGACAAACUAGAUGAAAGUGGGGCUCUUGAUGACAGCAUGGCUGGCUUAACUGGAUAUCUAGAAGAUCUUAAAAAGGCCUGUGAAAAAACUGCUUACCAGUUCAGUGAAGCAGAGAAAAUCCCGCAACCUGGAAAUGUUUCUUCCACUUCAGCUUGGUGCGAGCCGUCUAGUAGUGUUGAGAAAAGUAAGCAGGCUCUGACAGCGGAGCCUGACACUCGGAGCAGAGCCCAUAGCCUCUGGCCCACCGUUACAGGUGUGCAGUCCCCUGAGCAAAACGGGCGGAAGAUGGCAAAAGGAAAUGCAGGACAGAAGCAGGAGAAACCUAUCGUCAACCCAGUGGUAACUCUGGAGCAUGCUGAGGCACCUCCGGACAGAUUCCAGGUUUCAGACAACGUUUCAUCAUCUAUAAGCCCCUAUGAACCAUCUGACUUCAUUGAGCAGCUCCAUAAGGACGACAAUGAUCCAGUUAUAAUAAUCGACUCGAGCACUGAUGAGGAAGAUGAGCUUAACUACUCAGAAAUGGAGCUGUCUGAUAGUGACCCAAUGGAGGAAUGCUACAGGAUCUUCAUGGAGUCAAACAAUGAGAAUAAGGGACAUGAAGAGCCCUCGGAUGUGUCUGCAGGAUCUUCUACUGCUGUCCCCAAGUCCGAGGCAAUUGUGACACCACAAGCUUUACCUGGAAAGAAGAGGGUGGCCCAUGAAGGGAAACACGUGGAGCAGCCAUUGGCUAAAAGACAACCCCAGCCACAAAUUUUAAUUCCUCUCCGGCAACCAGCAGCUUCAGGACUUGGGUCAAGGCCCACCAUCUCAUCUAAGAUCCAACAGAGAGCCUCCAUGCUGACAGCUUCAGUUAAAGCUAGUCAGGCUUUUGUGUCUUCCACUUCUCAAAAAGGACCAGACACACAGGCUGCACCCUCUGCUUUUGCUCAAACCCCUGCUCCAGGCCAAAAUGCUUAUUUAAACCACAUUCCUGUGGGGACCGCAGUUAUAGAAGUGGGUAACAGCUUGCACUUGAUCCUCCCCCAUGGCAGCUUCCCUGUCACCUCCACAGCUGCCUCGGUGUUAACUCCAGUAAGUCAAGUGCAUCCAAGCCCUGUUCCAGUCAGGCAGACUCACCAUCCACCCACAGUAACGCCGCUGCCAAGAUACCGCUCAACAGCACCAGUGCUGAUUACUGCCCCGGCCCGGAGGCCGGCUCUGAGCUCUGCUUUUGCUUCCACAUCUUUACAUACGAUGCCCCCCACUAUUCCCCAGGCUCCGGCCCAGGCACCUGCUAAGUCAAUGCCUGUGAAACGUAAACUGAAGCAGCAGACCGAGGCAGCAAAAGACAAAGUUUCCCAUGAUGUGCGUCAGCGUUAUGUCAACAUGUUUACAGAGGAGUUUCUGAAAACCUCAGCUAAUGUGAAUGAUGCCUUUGAGAAGGCCCUGGCUGAGGAGAAGACUGUAUACAACCGCAGUGUGAACAAACUGAAAUAUCUGAGCGUUGCAGUGAAUGCACUCAAGAGGCUGAGGAAUCAAAGCGUUUCUGCAACAAAGAAUGAUGCAGUCUUGUAUAAAUGUUUGCAGGAUUAUGUUUUAUCUGAUGAAAAAAUAAUUGAGAGUAACUAUCCUGUGCAGCAUCCGGAGAAGCGUGCUUGUGCCGUUCUUUUUGCAGACAAGAAGGUGAAUGCAGACCCACUCAAGAGGAUAUGCUGUCGUUGCGGGGCUACAUAUUCUGUCAACCAAACGGGAAAGCAUAUCCGUAAGGAGGAGUGCAAUUACCAUUAUGGGAAAGGAGUUGAGAAAAGAGUGCCAGGUGGGGUGGAGACCCGCUAUAGCUGCUGUCAGGGUGUCAUGGGAGCACCUGGAUGCCAUGUGUUCAAGUUGCAUGUCCACGAUUCACUCAGUUUGGAUGGGUUCGUGUCUACUGCCCCCAGACGUCCUUCAGACAAAAGCUGUGCUGGUGUUUAUUCCCUUGCGUGUGAAAUGUGUUAUACCAUACAUGGUUUGGAGCUGUCCAGAGUGACGGUGGUCAGCUCAAAACUUGAAGUCAUUUACGACACUUUUGUCAAACCUGAUAAUGAGGUCAUCGACUAUAACUCCAGGUUUUCAGGCAUCAGUGAGGAGGACGUGAAAGGUAACCACACCUCCCUCAGAGAGGUCCAGAGGACAUUGUUGAGCUUCAUCAGUUCCAACACUAUUCUCGUUGGACAUGGCCUGGAAAUGGAUCUCUGUUUGCUUAAGUUGCUUCAUGGGCUGGUGGUGGAUACAUCGGUGGUCUUUCCCCAUCGUCUUGGCCUACCUCAUAAGCUGAGCCUUAACAACCUCACGGCCGAAUACCUCAGGAGGAUCAUCCAGGAGAGUGUUUGCGGCCACGACACAGCAGAAGAUGCAGCUGCCUGCAUGGAGCUUAUGCUGUGGAAACUCAAAGAGGAUGGAAAGCUGAAAAAAUGA